AUGUUGAUCAGCAAGCUCCUCUGUUCUAUCCUGGCUAUAGCCCCUACGCUCUCAUCUGCCCAUAGUAUCGUUAUUGGUGCCGUUGGAGAUGCUGAUAAGAGCGUAAAGGGACAUGCCAUUGGCAUGGUUGAGGGUACUUCGCGCAAGGAUGCCAAUCAGUACUCUGGUCUCAGAGAUGCCGCUAUCUUUUCUUUCCCGACCAUUCCAAAUAGAUGGUGCAAAAAAUGUGUCAAAAGAUACAAGCCUAAAUGUGGAAGCUGCUUGAGCUCGUGCUGGAAGAAGAAGUACGGGAAAAAGGGCCGUGCGCGGAGGUUGCUCAGGAGGACUAAUGCAAAAAAGAAGCAAGCCGCAAAGAAACAGCCUGCCGCAAAGAAGAAAGCAACAGCAAAGAAAGCUAAGACAGUGAAGAAGAAGACAACUACAAAGAAGAAGAAGACAGUUAAGGCCAAGGUUAAAGCUAAGAAAACGGGAAAGUGCUUGAAAUAUAUCAAAAACUGCAAGAAAUGCCCCGUGUAUGACUUUAACUGCGCCAAAUGCCGUACACCACUUGUCAACGGUUGCGGUCGAACCUUUAUGGUUCAGCAAUCGCCUCUCUACGACAUCGAUGGCGGUGCUAAGGCGGGGAAGAUGUGCUGUGGUGCAAAGAGCCCAUAUUAUGGUCUCGGAUCACUCAAUAUCCAGAAUUGGGUCAAUAAAAUGGCUCAGAAAAACUCGAUUCCGAAGGUUCGCUCGGGUGGCUAUCUCGAGUUGAAGAUUCAUCAAGUGAAUGCCGACGGUGGUGGCCCCUACCACUGCAUUGUCGAUAAAAUGGGAACUGGAGCACAAUUCAAUCAAACACGCCUGCAGAUUAUCGGCAAGAAUGUCCCUGGAAAGAACGGGAUCAGCAAAUACAAAUUCAAAAAGUGGAAGUUAAUCGUGCAAAUGCCAACGAACCUAGGCUGCUCAGGGUCAUACAACGGCGCAAAUAACGUUUGCAUGGUACGUUGCAACAACGGAGCCCCGAAUGGGCCAUUCGGAGGGUGCAUUCCUGUUCAGCAAGUUGGAGGAGAUCCUAGCCCACCACCGGAGAAUGACUAUUCGGACCCGCCAGAGGAUGAGGAUGUCGCUGGCGAGGAGCACCUUACAGACGAUGACAAUGCUUACAUCCAAGGAAAGCCUGCCGAGCAAGAUGACGGCUCAGAGGAGACUUCUGGCUAUGGUCCUGUUGGAACAGAAUCAGAAGAUGAUCCAGAUGCCGUCGAAGAGGACGAUGAUGGAGAAGAAGGAGGUGAAGAAGGCGAAGAAGGCGAAGGAGGUGAAGAGGCUGUGGAGGGCGAGGAAGAGGGCGAAUCCGAGGAAGAGGCAGAUGCUGAUAAAGCUGAAGAAUAA